AUGUUGGAGUUCACACUAGAAUACAGAAGGCUAAUCAAUGUGAUAACUGAGGACAGGUCGACAGAGCUGAGGAAGUUUGAAAUGAGCAACGAAGAAUGGGAGAUAGCAGGCCAACUGUAUGACAUUCUUAGAAUCUUCAAUAAUGCCACAUUGUACUUUUCACGCUCGAUGCCCUCGUUGCCCAUGAUCAUUCCGGCUAUGAACAUCAUCAAUGAGCACUUGACAGACCACUCUCUCGAUGAACAAUAUCUCCCUUGCAUCCGCAUCACGAUUGGUCUGACAAAGAAGACCCUCAACUGCUACUACAAUGAGAUGAACCAGUUGAAUGUCUAUCGGAUCACCAUAGUGCUAUAUCCAUCUCAUAAGCUGGCAUACUUCAAGAAUGCUGGGUGGAAGCAAGAAUGA